CGAGGGCCUGGCAGCCGCAGGGACCACCCAACAACGGGGCUCUGGCCCGGGAACCACAGGAACAUGUGCCCGUGGCUGCAGUUUGUUUGACAGUUGCCAGACUAUGUUUAAACUUAUGAUUCUACUCAGCCAACUGCCGAUAGUUACCUUCGCGUUUCCUCAUUGCACAAGAGCUCCGAAGGAUUCCAGGCAUGCGAAAGAAGAAGUCUUUACUUCAAAAGAAGAAGCAAACGUUUUCAUACAUCGACGCCUCUUAUAUAAUAGAUUUGAUUUGGAACUCUUCACUCCUGGUAACCUAGAAAGAGAGUGCGAGGAAGAAAUUUGUAAUUAUGAGGAAGCAAGAGAGAUAUUUGUGGAUGAAGAUAAAACGAUGAUAUUUUGGCAGGAAUAUUCAAGUAAAGGACCAAUAACAAAAUCAGAUGGUAACAGAGAGAAAAUCGAUGUUCUGGGCCUUCUGACUGGAUUAAUUGCUGCUGGAGUAUUUUUGGUUAUUUUUGGAUUACUUGGUUACUAUCUUUGUAUCACUAAGUGUGAUAGACAAAGACAUCCAAGUUCUUCAGCUGUCUACGUAAGAAGAGGCAGACACACUCCGUCCAUCAUUUUCAGAAGACCUGAGGAAGCUGUCUUGUCUCCAUUGCCACCUUCUGUAGAAGACACAGGAUUACCUUCUUAUGAACAGGCCAUGGCACUGACCAGAAAACACAAUGUAUCACCACCACCACCAUAUCCUGGGCCAGCAAAAGGGUUUAGGGUAUUUAAAAAAUCCAUGUCACUCCCAUCUCACUAAGCCCAUCUUGCCAUCUUGGUGGUUUAGGAAAUUUAUAUUACAUGA